AAAUCCCAGUGUCUCCUCAGUGCUGCACCACACAGCAAACAUCCAGUUCAGAUACGGGUUGAAAGACUGUGGGCUCCUACCUGAGGACUCAGCUCUUCUCGUGACUCCAAGAGGCCCUGCACAUCCCAGGUUGCAUGGUGGAGUGAGUGUAGGCAGAAGAGGGGGAGGAAGGCCCAAACACUAGGUAAGCCAGGCUGGAGUUGGAAAACAAGGUUGAAGUUAUUCAUUAGCAGCUGAAAGGGUCAAGGGUCAAGGCAAGGGGGCUGGAAGCACAGUGGACAGAGCAGCCAGCAGUGGACCGGUCACACCGAGCAGCAACUCCCUCCUGUCUUGAAGAUGUUCCACUGGCUUCGGGCAGCUGUACUCUACCUGUAUGGCAUUCUUCUUAAUUCCAUUCAGCAGUGCCCCAACAACAGUCCACUGACAACUCUGGAAGUGCAUGGGAAAGAGUCUCUAGAGCCCUACUUGGGCCAGUGGCACUUUAUUGCAGGGGCAGCUCCCACCAAGGUGGAGUUGGCGACUUUUGACCCUGUGGACAACAUUGUCUUCAACAUGGCUACUGGCUCAACCCCUGUGCAGCUCCAGCUUCGCGCUACCAUCCGCACAAAAAAUGGACUCUGUGUGCCACGGAAGUGGACUUACCAUCUGACUGAAGGGAGCGCCAAUCUGACGACAGAAGGCCGCCCUGACAUGAAGACAGAGUUUUUCUCCAGCUCAUGCCCAGGUGGAAUCAUGCUGAAAGAGACCGGGCAGGGAUAUCAGCGCUUUCUAUUCUACAAUCGCUCACCACAACCUCCAGAGAAGUGUGUGCAGGAAUUCCAGUCUCUGACCUCCUGCCUGAACUCCAGAGCCUUCUUACUGACUCCCAGGAAUCAAGAGGCCUGUGAGCUGUCUGUCCAGUAACCGACCUGUGCCCCCUGAGCACUUCUGUGGGAGCCAAGGUCCUGUCGGGGAAGAGAAGCUGGAGACUCCCAGCUGCCUUUCAAGAAUAAUAAAGUUUCAGUCCUCACCUCUU